AUGACUGUAAAACUAUGUUUAUUGCUCGCUGUUUUCAUCGGGUUAGCUUGGAAAAUACCGAUCGCAGGUUGCCAGAUUUCUCAGUCGGUUCCUUUUCCUUCCAAAUCAGACUCUUGCAAUGUUGUGCAAUGCAGUUGCGGGGCGGACAGACAACAAAAAGAAGAAUCUCAAACUAGAAAUCCCGGAGCUCCGGGCAAAAUGGGGCCCGUGGGAUUGGCCGGACCAAAAGGAGAAAGAGGAAUCAAGGGCGAGGGAGGAAGCAAAGGAGAGAGAGGCGAAGACGCUGACAAGAGGAGGAUUAACGAAAUUGUUUCCAGAAUGUUAAGUGCAACAAGCUGCCAGGAGCUCAACGAAGUGCACGGAGUCAUCGCUACCGGAUACUACCCAUUGCGUGACAAUAGAACAAGUUCAAUCGUCUCAUUUUAUUGCGAUUUCGCUGUGUAUGAAGACGUAACUGAUUGUGCUGAGCUUUUCUCCAGCCAUGGGAUGUCGACACACGGAUUUUACCGGUUUCCAGACAGAUUGGGAGAAGUUCCAUCUUAUCACCAUUGCGCAGAUCAUUUCACAUGUCAUCAACUGCAGAAUAAAAAUAGGACCCUUGCAUCCGGGUACUAUCGGCUGGGUUUGGCAGGAGAUUCCUACCAAGUAUGGUGUGAGUUCGGCUUCGGACCAGCAAUAACCAAAGUAUCCCACGAUUCGACAAAAGAGUUUUCAAUUCCAGCCUGUGAAGACCGUGGUUGCUACUCCAAAGUUCCGCGGUAUGACUUAGCAAAAGACAAAAUACUGAAAAUCAUGGAGCAGUCAGGAAGAUGUCGGCAAUAUAUUAAGUACCGAUGUCAAGGAUCCAUGAUAUUAAGAGAAAUUGAUGCUUGGUGGGUGUCAAGAGAAGGAGAAAAAAUGAUUUACUGGGGAGGCGCGACUUCCAUGAGGAACAAAUACUGUGCAUGUGGUGAAACAGGUGAAUGCAUUAAUAAUUCCUACAAAUGCAACUGUGACAACAACUCAGGGAAUAUUAUGACUCAAGAUGAAGGGUAUCUGACGGACAAGAAGACUCUGCCUGUGAAAGAAAUGAGAUUCGGCGAUUUGGGGCACAAUAAUGAACAUGGUUGGCAUACGCUUGGCAAGCUUGAGUGCAUGGACUAAUGCAAAAGUCUGUUAUGAGGUUUAAGUCAGUGUUUUGCUAAUUUACACAUGUUUGAACCCUGCCAGAAAUUAUUUUUUUGUCAGAACGGUGGGUUUCAGGGUUUCCUCUGAACAGUCAUUUUUCUCCAAUUUGAAGCCAAUUCGACAAGGUCUAAUAUUUUUUUUAUAUUAUGGCGCGCUUGGCAUGAAUGUAUGGAGAAAUUGCAAAAAAAAAUGGGGGGGGGGGUGUUUUUACUAAAUCAAGAGUUCACCAGCACACCCAGGGUGAAUAAACUUGGCUGGUGAUGUCGGACAAGAAAAAUUUCGGUUCUUCCAAGAAUAUGCACCUCCUCACACACUACUAAAUAUGUGCAAAUUUUCGGACCAAUUAACAAGCUUUAGUUAAUUAAAAUGUUGAUAUUUCAACCCAAAAUGUCCUAAAUAAAUCAAAAACUUUAUUUUGUGGGUUUUGUGACCCAGUCGUGGAACCGUUCGAUCCAACUGUACUGGUGUCGACAUACUCCGGUUAUCCGGCAACCCCGGUCAUCCGAUAAACAGUAGCUUUUUACCUAUCAGUGGAUGUUUAUACAAUGAAAAUGCCAAAAAAUAUGAAAUACUGCUGAGUUCUUAUAUAUACACGUCCAUGGUCAAAUUCGAUUAAUUUAUUUAAAAAUGCAUCUAUUAUCCCGACUGCUCAAUUUUAAAUAGUUAAAAAAUUUAAAAUGCGCAGUAAUAUUUUACUUUUUUACGAUAAUAGUAUCACGAUUUACAAUGUUUUUUUGUGGCAAAAUUUUAACAUUAUUUUGUUACAUAUUUCACCUUUUCGUUGCUUCUUCUGGUCUGAUUUGUUUUUUUACAACUUUCUUUGGACGACUCCGAACAAGGCUAUAUAAGCGGUAACUCAGCAGCACAGCUGGGUUGAAAAAUUGUUAUGUUUCCAAAUUGGCUUAGCCCAGGGGUGUGCAACAUUUAAUGGUCGGCGGACCAUAUUACCAACUUCUGACAUCUAGAUGAGCCAUUCAAAUGAUUCAAUUUUCUUUCGUGUACGCAAUGAAUUGAAAAAUUUUCACAACGAAAAGGCUAUUGCUUAGUCUUACAGUAAUAAAGGCAAAACAAGACUCAAAAUUAUUGAUUUUAACCUGGGUGUGCGCUUUUUUAAACAUAAUUUGUCAGGUUAGAAUUUUAUGCUUGGUAGGAUAAAAUAUGAGUGUUGACAAGGGCCACUCUUAUUGUCUUGUCGGGACGGAUUGUGGCCCGCCUGUAGCACACCCCUGGCUUUGACAAUACAAUGUACCACAAGGUCGUCGCGCCAAAAAUAUUCAAUAAUAAUAAUAACGUAAAACUAUAGAAGUUCAUGGUAUUUUGAAAUUUUUACUUUUUUACAAUAUAAAUUCAAUCUCUAUUGAGAAAAUUGAAUAUAUCCGAUUUAAAAUAUACAGGGUUUGUAUAAAGUUCUAACUUUUUUUAGUUGCUACAUUAUUUCAUAUGGACAUCGCGCCCAGGAAUAUUCAAUAUUAAUAAUAAUAAUAACGUAAAACUAUAAAUGUUUAUGGUAUUUUAAAAUUUUUACUUUUAUACAAUAGAAAUUCAAUAUCUAUUGUGAAAAUUGAAUAUAUCCGAUUUAAAAUAUACAAGGUUCUUAUAAAGUCCUAAACAUUUUUCUUUGCAAGGGAAUUUAUCGAUAACAGAUAAUAGUUUGUUGGCCUCUACAGGUGUUUCAAAUUGAGUUAAUACUAAUUUACACAAAGAUUGAAAUAAAAAAAAAUGGUUGAGAUAUAUUAAGAACAGACUUUAAAUAAAAUUGAAAUUAUAACGAAAGUUUAUAAACACCCUGCAUAUGAAAACCGUGGACAAUAUUUUAUAAUAAAUUAAAAUAAUAUCUGACUAGGUCUACGUUUGGUACCCUCGUAGUAGGUGUACCAGGUUAGACCAUAAUUUCAUUCCGAUUUUUCUUAUUUUAGUUCUAUUCCUGCCCAUAGGCUUUCGUCUCUUUACACAACUUAUGUAAAGUGGGCAAACAACAUUAGUUACCUCCAUAUUGGUACACAUACCUCUGGAGCGCCCCAUGUUAUCCCAAGUCUGAUAAAAACAAUUUCUGGCUGAGGUUGAUGUUUAUUUUUUCUAAUAUGAAACUUUAAUUCUGUGACCAAUCAUUGUGUUUUUGUCCUCAUGAUAAUAUAUCUCGCACAAGCAA